CUAGCCACCCUGAAUCUACAACCGAUCCAAGCUGGAUCGGGGUUCGCGGCCAAUCAAAUCGUGAGGGGCGGGAUCGGGGGCCGGGCUACCUAGUGACGACAGAGUGUGCGACGUUUCGUGUGUAGUCCCAGGGAGAAGUAAACAAUGGCUGCCCCUAGCGAAUUCACGGCGUCUUUCGAUUCAGCUUUGGCAACGACUCUCGAAGAUUUGGAUAUUCAUUUCACCUUGCGAGACCAGCAGAUAACGGCAUUAAAGUUUUUUCUGCAGAAAAGGGACGUUUUUGGAGUAUUGCCCACCGGAUAUGGUAAAAGCUUGAUUUACCAACUUGCUCCGCUGGUGGGGCGACGCAUGGGUCUGCUGCACAAACCACUGGUGGUUAUAGUGUCACCCCUUUUAGCACUUAUGGACGACCAGGUACAAGAGGCCGAAAAACUGGGUCUUACAGCUGCGCAACUUGGCAAAAGCGACUCGGAGGAGAUCCGAAGCGGGCGGUACCAGUUGGUGUUCGGGAGUCCGGAGUCCUGGCUUAACAAGGAAUGGCGAUGCUUGCUAGCCAGCAAAGUCUACCAAGACAACCUGUUGGGCCUUGUCGUGGAUGAAGUUCAUCUCACAUACAAAUGGGGAAAGGCUGCUAGAGGAGAGAAGGCCUUCAGAGAGAGUUUUGCCAGACUGGCCGAGCUACGGUCCAUUGUAAAACCAGGUACACCUAUUCUGGCCUUGACAGCAACGGCAGACCUGGACUCGCAAGCUGUUGUCAAAAGGCAGUUACAUUUGGAGAAUGCCACUGAAGUAAUCAUAAGCCCAAACAGAAAAAACAUAAGGCUUGGACUGUCUACAGUGUCUUCAGAUAGCAUGGAGUGUCUGAACUGGAUUGUGAGGGCGGUUAAAGAGAAGGGUCCAACAAUGGCACCAAUAAUCAUCUACUGCCGUACAUUGCCUAUGUGCGGGAAGGUGUUCUGUCACCUACAGUAUGAACUUGGUGAGGACAGCUGGGUGGAUCGGGAUCCAGAACACACGGCAGAAAACCGACUCAUUGGCAUGUUUCACAGCCAAACACUUCCCCAUCACAAGAUCACAGUACUGGAAUCAUUACGUGGCAAUGGUUCAUGCAGAGUGGUUGUAGCCUCCACAGCUCUGGGAAUGGGACUGAACUUUCCUAACAUAUCACAUGUCGUGAUGUAUGGCUCACCUGAGGAUGUGGAGGCCAUUGUACAAGAGGUUGGUAGGGCCGGGCGAGAUGGGUCUCCAGCACAUGCCAUAAUUUACAAAUUGAAGCAGGAAGCAAGAGUGAAUGAGGCCGUUAAGACACUGGUGAAGAAGGGCAUCACUAGUUGCCUCAGGAAGGCCUUAUUCUCACACUUUGAACGAAACACUGAGAGUGUUCUGCCGGGUCAUUUGUGCUGCUCAUACUGCCACUCUGUUUGCUCUUGCAGCUCUCCCAGUUGUGACGUGGCAAUACCCGAUUACGAACUGCCUCAACAGUACACUCAUGCCGUUGUCAAAAGCAGAGAAGUUACAGAGGAUCAAAGACAGACAAUUAGAGAUACUCUGUACAGGUACAAGCUCAGCUUAGUCCAGAACAUGCCUCUGUACACUAACAGCAGCGACUGCACUGGUUUUAGUAACGAGCUGAUAGACUGUGUUCUUGAGCGCUGCACAGAUAUAUUUGAUCUCCCAUUCAUAAUGGACAACCUACCGGUGUUCAGUAAAAGGCACGGACAGGAAAUUCUCAGCAUUAUUUUUAAUGUCUUUGGGGAUUUUGAAUACACUGAAGUUGAUCUGCCUGUGGAGGAAACUAUGGUGCCAGACCAAGACUACACAGGUUACUUUGACUCUGACUCUGAUGCAAACGCCUUGUCCCAAUGGAGCAGUCUAGAAUCCGGGGUGUCACAGUUGAGUACAGACUGAAACAUUUGUUAGUCAUUUCAUAUGACCACUGUACAUACCUCUUACAUCUUUGAAAGUACUGCCUGAAUACUUAUGUCAGAUGACUGCCUGUAAAUAAAAUUGAAGAACGAUCUCAAUUCUUGUUUAAGUGUUUAUUUACAUUUACAGAAAA